AUAAUUCUGUAUAUGGCCGGCCCAAAAAAACCACUUCCGCCGCCGCCGUCAUCAUCAUCAUCAUCGCCAUCACCUUCCCGGUCAUCACCGGGAGUAUCCCUUCAACCAUCUUCCCCAAGAAAAAACCCAUCAAAAUCGACAAAAAUCUUCCGUCGUGUUCGUUCUGUUUUUCGUUCGUUUCCCAUAAUAACUCCAGCCGCAUGCAAAUUCCCGGUUUCUCUCCAUAGUCAACAUGACAAUCACCACAUUCAUGGUGGAACCCGAAUGACCGGUACCCUUUUUGGGUACCGAAAAGCACGUAUAAACCUUGCAAUCCAAGAGAACCCGAGGUGUUUACCCGUGCUUUUACUAGAACUCUCAAUUCCAACGGGAAAACUAUUACAAGAAAUGGGGUUAGGACUCGUUAGAAUUGCGUUAGAAUGUGAGAAACGAGGUGGUAAAACAAAGCUUGUAGACGAACCGAUAUGGACCAUGUAUUGUAAUGGUCGAAAAAUGGGGUACGGUGUUAAAAGAGAGCCUACGGAUGAAGAUUUGUACGUAAUGCAAUUGCUUCAUGCAAUAUCAAUGGGGGCUGGAGUACUUCCAGCCUCCGGUGACACCAAUACUACCAAUAUCAGUGAUAAUAAUAAUGUUAUCACUGAUACCGGUGUAACGGUGGCAUCAACAGAUGGAGAAUUAACAUAUAUGCGUGCGCAUUUUGAACGAGUGAUUGGAUCAAAGGAUUCCGAGACGUAUUACAUGAUGAAUCCAGAUGGUAAUAGUGGACCCGAAUUAAGUAUCUUCUUUGUGCGAGUUUGA